AUGAACUGGAAAAAGGCUUUAAGUUUGGCAGGAGGAGCGGCAGCCGUGGUUGCCUUGACGUACAUGCUGAUGAAGGACGAUGAUGGUCACGAUGACAAUGACGAAAAUGAAGAAAAGAAAAAAAAAGACGGAAAAUUGAAUAAGGACGGAAACAGGAUUAUAAAGGGAGAAUCGAUGACCCGAGAGGAUCUCCUGCAACUCUUGAAUGAAAUGCUCAAGCUGCAGACGGACAUGAAAAAUAUUGUUAAAGAUUUAAUCGUAGUUGCAAAGAAUAACAGUUACGACUUUAUGUCCGUCUAUAAUGUGGCGAAGACAUAUAACACAGUGGACCCUCUGGGUAAAUAUCAAAUCGAGAUGCCCGAAUUUGACAAGGUUGUGGAGAACUACCACUUCGACCCAGAGGUGAAAGAGACCGUCUCGAAGCUCAUGUCGUCCCAAGAAAAUUACUAUGCCAACAUGAGCGAAACCGCCACACUGAGUGUCGAUAAAAUUAUCGAAAUUCAUCACUUCAUGUUAAAUGAACUGUACAAGAUCGACCCAGAAUUUAAAAAGAUCCCGAAUAAGCACGAUUUGGAUCCCAAGCUAAUAGCACUAGUUAUACAAUCCAUAGUGAGCGCAAAAGUGGAGGAGGAAUUCAACUUAACUUCGGAAGACGUGGAGGCCUCCAUAGCCAACCAGCAAUACGCCCUGACUUCGAACAUGGAAUUCGCCCGAGUGAACAUCCAAAUGCAGACAAUUAUGAACAAAUUCAUGGGUGACCACUUCAAAUUUAUGUGCGACAAGGAGGGAGUCUACUAG